CCAGAUAUCUGAUCUCACCAAUCACAUUCACAUUGAACACCUCUUGUCUGAAAAAAAACAUUAUUUUAAUUUUAUUCACAACUAAAACUGUCGCGACGACAAGAGAAUCAAAGAAAGGGCAAUAAAAAUCAACCGAUUUGAUUUUUCCGGUGAACCGUCGUGGUUUUCAUGUUUCGAUCACUGUGAAAGAAAUGGAUAUUCGCUCUGAUUAAACUCACCGGCGAAGAAGAAGAAGAAAGCUUAAAUGGAUUCAGAAGAAACGGCGUCGUCUGUGACGAAGAAUCAAAAGAGAGUUUUCUCUACGUUAGCUUUGCGAUUCUGUACAGCGAUAGUUUUCUCGAUCAUCGGCUUCUUCUUCUUAUCGUUUCUAUUUGGGAUCUUAGUGAUUCUACUCAGCGAAUUGUGGGUUUCUUCUUCUUCCUCCUCUGCCUCUCUUGUUUCCCGCUGCAAAAUCGUCUCCAGCUCGGUUGAUCUUAGGUCGUCCAAAGUGUGCAAGAUUGGACUUUUGAACAUCAAAGAACAACAUGUGUUUUACCCUUUUGAGAGAGAUAAAUUCAGAUGUCGCUAUGAUUACUAUUGGGCUUCUGUCUUCAAGGUAGAGUAUACAGAUCACUUAAUGGGUCAAACAAGGUUAGCCUUCUCAGAAGCACCUAAUAAAGCUCUUCCUCCUGAGUGCAGACCUAACUUUGGUGCCGCUUUGCUUACCAAAGACAACUUCAAGGUGAAUGAAACUUAUGACUGCUGGUACACACUAGGGAUUCCAAAAAUCAAGCUUUAUAUGGAUGGCUUUUUCGGUUGCCAAGCAGAUGAUCUGUCUUUCACCGACAUUUUUAAACAAUACGCUGUCUUAUUCUCUAAAUUGUUACGGUCGUGGUUAAGUGUAAAUGGAAGGCGGAAGUACUGGAGAUAUGAUGUGAUCGCUGGCAUUGUAUCUGGCUUCUCAACUUCCAUAAUCACGGUCUUCAUUGUAAGCAUCUUGAGACAUGCGAAAUCUUGGUUCCCUCGAGCUUGCUGUUCAGUUAGAAGCCAGCUUUCUAAAGUGAACCUCUUGGUGCAAGUGAAGCGUGCUUGUUUGGUUGUUGUUUACUUCUCCAUCCUAGGGUGGAUGGUUACACAAUACUUGAAAAUUCUAGAGAGAGAGAGAGAGAGAGAGAGAGAGAGAGAGUUGUUAUGUAAUGAUUCGUAUGUAAUCUUAUCCAGCAAAAGAAAGCAAUGCAGAGAACAGCUUUGAUUGAUUGAUUGAUUAGCUAAAAACGAUCAGUUACUAGAGAGUAUGAUGGAUGUUACAAGACGUUUCAAGUAGAAAUUUCCGAUGGAAUAGUGUGAAGUUUCAUUGUUUGGUUC